AUGCUGAACCGGUACGAUGCUGCCACAAACACCGCGCAGAAACUUACGGACAUAACAGGCGGAUUAGACGCGGCCUUGGUGGUCAUUGAGGAUUGCAUCUUUGCAAUCGGAGGAUACCAGCAGGACAGGGGCUAUACAAACGUGGAUAAAUUUGACGCGAGGAAACGCCAAUGGAGCGAAUGUGCCUCGAUUGCCGGCUGGCGCAGUAAGCAUACAGCAGUCGCUGUUGCGGUUGGUGAGCAGACCGUGAUAUGCGUGUGUAGCGGCAGUAGAGACGGGGGCAACAGCCAACUCGAUUCAUGUCUACUCUAUUCUACGCGAGAAGACAAGUGGUACAACCUGCCAAAUUUGAAAAAAGCGGGGCAAAGCGCUGCCGCAGUUGCCCUGCCGGACGGACGCGUGUUUGUAAUCGGCGGAGAAGACGGCAUACAACGUCAGAGCACCUUAUGCUUCGAAAGUAUCUCCUCAGUAGAGAUUUGCCACCUGCGGGAGCCAUCAGACUGGCAGGGACCACUAAAAAGCUCAAACGUCUUUUGGCGAGAUGCUGCUGCCAUGCUAGGGCCACGUAAAGAACACGCCGCGGUUGUAUUCAGGGGCUGCAUUUUCAUUGCUGGGGGCAGCAAUGGUGGAGGGCAGUAUUUGAGCACAGUCGAUGUUUUCAGCCUACCCGACAACAACCGACCGUUGGGACAGUGGUCACACCUCGCUAACUGGGACAUGGCUAGGCCUACUGCUGCUCUCGUCGUUUGGCAGAACAACCUCUUUUCUUUCAUCGAGAUCUUCACCCUGCCCGAUAACCAGCGACCGUUGGGACAGUGGACGCACCUCGAUAACUGGGACACGGCUAGGCCUUCUGCUGCUCUCGUCGUUUGUCAGGACAGACUCUUUUCUUUCGUUGAUUUUGCUGCUCUGGCGGAGGGACCGUCUUAUUUACAGGAUCUCUCAGCUGGCGGGGACAGGAUUUGUUCGUUUGUGCCCGGCGGCGUGACUGAGGCAGAAGUGCCACGUCACGUGUGA